AUGGGUUCCACCGAACCCCUGCACAGCACCUCGACUGCCAUCUCCACGGUGGUCGCCACCUCCACCUCUUCUAUCAACGUCGUCAAUGUCAAGAUGCACAUUCCGAUCAUGCUCGACUUUGUCAUCUCCAACUACUCUAAGUGGAGUCAAUUCUUCACGAUGAUGUGUGGCAAAUUCGAUCUCUUUCACCACAUCGACAGCACUAUCGCUUCGCGCCCCGACGAUCCAGCAUGGGUUCAAGCCGAUUAUGCCAUCGUCUUCUGGCUUUUCGGCUCCGUCUCCAACGAUGUUCUUAAUGUCACCAUGGAGCCUGACCAACGUGCCCAUGAUCUCUGGCUUGUGAUCAAGGGAAACUUCCGCAACAACAAAGAGCCCCGAGCAAUCUACCUCUCCGCCCAAUUUCACUCUCUCAUCCAGGUCGACAUGAUGGUGACUUCCUACAGUCAACGCAUGAAGCAACUCGCCGAUGCUCUGCGCGACCUCGACCACCUCGUCUUUGAUCCUUAUCUCGUCCUCAAUCAGCUGUGUGGUCUAGCUCCAUGUCUCAGCCAUCAGGCCGACCUCACCACCAGGAAAGACCCCUUCCCGUCCUUCGCCUCGGCACGUAACGCCCUUCUUUUGGCUGAGAUGCAUGCCUCACAUGCUGCUGGCGCCGCUGCCGGGACCACCCUCAUCGCCUCAUCCCUGACCCCCGCUUUCGGUGCGGGUGGGUGCCAAGGCACAGCUUGCGCCAAUGCCCCUUCCUCCAGCAAGCAGCUCGGUGGCAAGAACCGUGGAUGUGGCAAGUAG